AAUUAAAGAGAAAACAGAAAUUAAAAAGUUUUAUUAAAAUAAAAAUUUUUAUACUACUAAAAUUGUCGCAUUGGACUUAUAAUUUUUUACUUGUGCACAAUAAAGUUCGUAGGCAAAUGUAUUGUAGGCAAUAAUGUUAUGUGUGCAAACGUACAUUCGUUUCUCAAUUUUAUAUUUGUGCGCAAUAGAGCUUGUAGGCUAUCGAACUGUAGGCAAAAAUUUUUGUGUGCAAACGUACAUUUGUUUCUCAAUUUAAUAUUUGUGCGCAAUAGACCUUGUAAGCUAUCAAACUGUAGGCAAAAAUUUUUGUGGGCAAUCAAUUUUGUAGAUAAAAGAUUUUGUGUACGAAAGAUUUAUAGGCAAACGUGUUUUGGCUAUCGACGCUGUAGGCAAUUGAUUUUGUAGGCAGUUGGGGCUCUCCCUUUUACUUUAAGGCUCUACAAACUUCAUUGUCGUACUUUACGGUAUUCGCAUCAAUUCAGUAACUGUUAUUCCGACAUACGAUUAAUUAUUAUUUGUGCAAUAGCAAUUGAUUAUCAAAAGCAAAAGCUGCAUUUGUGUACCUUUGAUUGAAAGUCUAUUUUAUAUAUAUAUAUAUAAUUGUUAACGCACGCGACACACAUGUGUAGGUAUAUUUUUUAUUUUACAUUUUUUAUUUUAAUUUACCUUUAAUGUUAUCGAAUGUUGAAUUGUAUUUAACUUGUUGCAAGUCUCUUAUUGCGAAUGGAAUGCAAAGAAGCUAGAGUCAAGGGAAGAAAAGAAGGAGGAGGAGGAAAAGAACUGAAACACAUAGCUUUUAUUUCGAUCGAUACAUUUUCCGUCAACGGAUAAAAUUUGAAAAAUUAUAUAUCAGUAUAAAUCGAGUUUUGCUUUUCCUGCUCUAUAUUUAGUGUCAAGGAAACGUUGCUUUCAUGUGUUACUCAAUCGUGUAAAAAAAGUUAUUAUAUACAUGUCAUUGUUGCAUUAGGGCGUGCGUACGCAACACCGCUAGUUGAUUUGAGAAACACCCCUAGCUAUACGUACUAAGAAAGAAAAAGAAUUGAAGGAAGGGAAACCGAGCCGCGUAUAUAGCUGUAUUAUUAUUAGCGUGUAAUGUAUGAUAUGUUCAAGGUCCACUAAAUUAUAAGUCUUAUAGCAAGGGAGAUGGGAGACGUGGGUAAAAUAAAAAUUUACAGUUAGUCGAAACUGCACGUGAUGGACGUCUCUUAUUCUCUUUGAACGUAAGACUGUCUGGGACUCCGACUGUCUUAACCGCGCGCUUGCAAUCGCAAUGGAGACUCCAAACCGUUGUUAUUACGGUGUCGUUAAGAAACUAUUAUCGUUGGCCGGUCAGUGGCCGUAUCAGAAACGAAAAACAAAAUUAAUCUGUUUGAGUAUCGUGACUUUGGGCAUAUUUUCUCUCUUUAUUCCACAGAUUGCUAGAUUGGUCGAAUGUCACGGAGACUUGCAAUGCAUAUUUCAAACCAUGGCAGCAUACAUGUUGACGACUAUAGCAUUAGUGAAGCUCUACACAUGCAAUUUGAACCAAUGUAAAAUAAAAGUUUUGAUUGACUGGCUAUUUGGUGAGUGGGAUGAAUUGGAGACACCGGAAGAAUGCGAAAUUAUGAGGAGAUAUGCUGAGACUAGCAGACGAUAUGCUUUGGGAUAUUCAUUGUAUUGCUUUGCAACCGGGUUUCUGUUUGUAUGUAUAUCACUAAUACCACCACUAUUAGAUAUCGUGUUACCUCUCAACGAAUCUCGCCCUUUACUACCAGUUCACCCAGGAUACUAUUUUGUUGAUGAAACAAAAUAUUUUUACUACAUUUUUUUGCACGCCAUAAUAGCCUGGGAAAUUGCCGUGAUUGGGAUAGUGGCUCACGAUUGUAUGCUUCUAACUUAUAUCGAACACCUUUGCAGUAUUUUCACCCUAGUCGGAUUUCGAUUCGAACGAUUAAUGCGCGAUAAUGCUACGAAAACUUUACAUUCAAAUGCAAGUGACGUGUAUCGCAAAAGAAUUGCAUUUUCCGUGUAUACGCACCGAAAGGCUCUAAAGUUCGCUCAACUGAUCGAGGAUACGUUUUCGUUAACGCUAGGUAUACAAAUAAUAUUAAAUACAGCAAUGAUCAGCAUGACCUUAUUACAAAUUACGCAGCAGAACGCCCAUGUUUUAGUAGUAGUGAGGUAUGUAUUUUAUGUCCUUAGUCAACUGAUUCAUCUAUUUUGCCUCAGUUUUGAGGGACAAAAGCUGAUAGAUCACAGUCUUCAAACACGCGAUAAAAUCUAUAGUAGUCUUUGGUACGAAACAUCUCCCAAAUUGCAAAAAAUGCUUCUGUUUAUAAUGCAAAAGACUCUUCAACCUAUUUUCUUCAGCGCCUGCAAGAUCUACAUUUUCUCAAUGGAGAAUUUUACCACGGUCGUGCAAACCUCGAUGUCAUACUUUACGGUACUCGCAACUUUGGAAUAAUUAAACAAUUACAGUCAAUAACGUACAUGGUCCACUAAUUAGUUUUGCAUCUAGGUACAAAAUUAUCUUUAAUUUUUACGUUUGAUAGUGUAAGACAAGUUUAUAUUGUCUAUAAUAUUCAAGUAAUAUUAAUCCGCAAUGUAAUAGCAAUUAUAUUUUGACAACAAUUGUUGAUGUGUACGCGUAUCCGGAAAAACAUUUUUUAUAUUACAAUUAUACAUCAAAUAUACAGAAUGUUAAAAAAUAUUUAUUUAUGCUCUCAUGGAUUGAUAGAGCAAAUAAAACUGAAAAGAAAAGUCCUUUAUUAUUUUUCAAAAUUCGCAAUAGUUACCGAGAUAAAAAUUAAUAUAAUCGGCAAAUGAGUACAUAUCCCUACCCUCCGCCUGUCUGUCGCCAAACCAUAGGCAACCGCAGCAGGAUGAGAGGAGCAUGAUGACAGGGGAGAAGCAGCAAUGGCUGUCUUACCCACCUCACUGCGCUACCUGCUGCGGCUGCCUACAGUUUAGCGACCGACGGACGAUUCCGCCGUGCGGUGGAUGGGAAAGUAUGUGCUCAUUUGUCAACUACAUUAAUUUUUAUUUCGAUAACUAUUGCGAAUUUUGAAAAAUGGUAAAAGACUUUUUUCUCAGUUUUAAUCGUUUUAUCAACCCACGAGAGCAUAAGUGAAUAUUUUAUGUUACCCUCUAUGUAUAUGUAUAAUAAAAUAUAUGUAUGUAAUGAUUGUACCAAAAAUUUUUCCCAGCUGCAAUUGCAUAUAUUGCAUAUGCAAUUGUUGAAAUCGAAUACAAUAAUGUAUAAUACAGAUUAUUUUGGUUUUAUUAUCGUAGAAUACGUGUAAUAAUUUAUAAUCUGUAAUAAAAUGUUUUAUGUUGUUUAUACAUAUAACAUGCGUGCAAUGUAAAAAAAAUUAAGAUACAAGUAAAAAUUUGGAUGUCAAUGAAUAAAAUAAAGAAGAAAAUUUGUCAGAAUUGAUAUCUGUUAAUUUUUUGUGAAUCUUUCAUCAGCAAGCAAUUAUUACGGAGUUUUAGCAAAUUAAAAAUGUCUUAUUUGCCAACUAAUUACGAUUAAUAAUCAUAAUAAUGCAGUUUUCAAACACAUCUAUAAAUGUGUAAUAUUUUAUGUGUGCGUGUAUAAUUAAUUUUAUAAAAAGUUUUUUAUUUUGUAUUAUUUUAUUAUUUUAAAAUAUAAAAAAUUCUAUAACAAGUUUUCCGGUUGUAGUUAUAUGUACAUACUGAUGUUAAUACUUUUUUGACAAUUAUUUUGAACCCGCAGUAUGAAUUUCUCAUAAGAGUAAAUAACUGAACGCACCCGCAAUCACUAAUAGCACGUUUUUGAGUAAUUCGAGUACAGUCAUGCAGUGACUUUUAAUCCAAUCCAAGGGUGUAUUCCGAAAGUUCUAUUGAAAAUAGUCUUUUUAAUCAUAAAAUUGGUAACACUGUAACUAACUACGCUGUGUUCCGUAAUGUAAGUUAAAUUUGUGAUUAUUGUUGGCUUGCAAAUAUCAGCAGAGAGGUUAAUUUAAUUUCU